AUGGAUGCUCUUCUAUCGCUCCCAGCGGUGGGAUACUUCCUCAUGCCAUCAGUAUCAACAUACUCUACAUCCCUCAACUUCCUAUUCUUCUACAUGACAUGGUCGACUCUCGUACUCUCACAGUCGUCUUUGAGGGUCGAGGUCGUGGGAACUCUAGGAAUACGAUUACUAUUCUUUAUAGUACCAUCAUUUCUAUUUCUCCUCUUCGACACGGUCAUGCCAAGCUUAUCGAUGGGAGUCAAGCGACAAGGAAAACAAGCCCUGCCUACUCGGACGGGAGGAUCAAAAACAUCUAAAGCAAAAAUCCCGAAAUGGUAUAGGGUUGUGGGCAUCAGUUUAUUCAAUAUCUUGCUUGGGGUUGGCAUUCAAGCGGGAAUCGAAACACUCUUUACGGGAAUCUUACACUACAAAAGUGCGCUACGGGUCACUACCAGGUUACCUAUGCCAUGGUCUCUAGCCAGGGACGUCGUGAAAUGUCUUCUUGUUCGUGAGGUUAGUGACCGUCCGAUGCACCUCUCAUGCUGUACAGCUAUGACUGAUAUAUUAUCUUUACAGGUUUUACAAUAUUACCCUCACCGUUAUAUUCUUCACGCUCGGUCUUCGAACCUCCUUAGUAGGGGUCACAAGACUUAUUUCCACUCCAUCACUUCUCCAUAUGCGUUCGUUGCUCAUUACGAUCACCCAGCUUCUUACAUACUUUUCCGUUUUAUUCCCAUCUAUCUUCCUGCAGUAUUUUUCCGUGUUCACCUACUCACCUAUCUCGUCGCUCUCUCAAUCGUCACUCUUGAAGAAACACUCGCAUGUUCGGGCUAUACUAGCAUCCCUGGGAUCAUACUCGGUGGCAUCUCACGUCGUCAAGACCUCCAUAGUGAAAGCUGCGGAAAGGGAAACUAUGCGUCAUGGGGUCUGUUGGACUGGAUCCAUGGAACCGGACCUGGAUCCAAGGAAGAUGUUGCGGACGAGGCAGCGAAACAUCAAGUCAAGAGCCGAACUAGAAAAGCAAUUUCUAAUGGAAAGGAGAUCUUGAAAUCGUUGAGUGGGAGGAGAAAGAGUUCUAGGAAGAGUUGA